GCUCCAACUCGAUUCAUUCCAACGUGAUCAUGACGCGAAUACGAAUAAAUAUGCUAACGGCCUUGAUAACGUGCCUUCUACUCCUAAUCCGCACGUGUAGUUGCCAAUUUCCAAUAGCAAGAUCAUCAGCAGCAGCUGGUGCUGCAGUGGCAUCCGCCGGCGCCAUAACGGCAGUAGCCCAGUUACUUCAACAAGGAUUGAAUGGCAGGCAACAUCACGGCGGCAGGAGACGUACGCCACCAGGCCAAAUGAAUAGACGUGGCGGCGGCGGCGGCUGGAAUGCUGGCGGCGGCUGGAAUGGUGGCGGCGACUGGAAUGGUGGCGGCGACUGGAAUGGUGUUGGCAGGCAACCACCUUCUGGUUGGGGUAACUGGGGAGGUGGCAGACCAAAUCCUCCUGGAUGGGGUGGCUGGAGUGAUGGAGGCGGAAGGCGACCUCCACCCGGAUGGGGUGGUGCAGGAGGCUGGGGAAAUGGAGUUCCACCUGGUUGGAGAGAUAGAAACGGACCCCCACCACCUGGCUGGGGAGCUGGAAAUGGAAAUCCACCACCAGGCUGGGACGACGGAAAUGGAACACCACCCUCUGGAUGGGGAGAUAACGACGGGUCUUCACAGCCGGGUUGGGAAGAUAACUACGAUCCAUCACGCCCCAGUUGGGGGAAUGGAAAUGUGCCAUUCCAACUGCCGCCAACGAAUGAAGAUGGCCAGGAACCUGUGCAGAAUACCAACUCCAAUCCACCUAUUUACACGCCGUCAACAACGACGCCAAGCCCCACUGCCCCUGCGCCAUCCACACAACCCACCCACGAUUCACUGAUAGUUGGCAAAAAUCCACCGCCUCUUGUAAUUUCGCCUACUCCCACUCCAAAUUCUGGUGACACGCUUAUUGUGGGCACAAAUCGUCCACCUCUGGGGCCACUAACAGCACCGACGCCAUCAUCUAGAUCGAUUGAGCAAUCCCGGCUGCGAGACAUUGUCUUCCCCAAUUCGUUACAUUACGUGCACGCCCCCGGCCUGGAACUUCAAGCGGAUUCAAUCGAUGUGCGUAGAAGAAAAUGAGCUUCACGAUCUGUUAGAUCUUUCAGUAUGUUUGUUUAUACUAAGUAGAGGUAUUAAUUAUACAUUAAUAUUUAUAGGGAAUGUGCAAUUUAAUAAACACAAAUAAAAUUGAAUAAUGGCAAAGCUCAGUGCUCUCUGAGAUUCGGCUCGAACUCAAGUUCGCUUUCGUAUGUCUAGGGGCUAUGAGCUAUAUAAACAGGUUCUGUGAGCUGACAAACAACAGAUAAAUAUAUGUGUAAGAAGAGGGCAAUAACAAUAAAAAU